UUACAAGUAUAACCAGGAAAAUUUACAAAACUUUUUAACCCAAAAUGUAGAAAAUAUUUCACUUACAGCAGAUUUUUGGUCCAGUAAAGCUAGGCAUAGUUAUCUAGGAAUUACCGCCACUUGGAUUACUCCAACUUUUGAAAUUAAAGAUAUAAUGUUAGAAAAUAAGUAUGUUCUCUUGCCACACUCUAGUAGAACUAUUUCUGAAGAACUUUACAAGUGCGUUGAAACCUGGAAUCUUGAAGAUCGUAUAAUAUCAAUCACUACGGACAAUAGACAUAAUAUG